AUGGGUGAGCCAGCCCACCAUGGAGCCCAAGCAUGCUCUGGCACCAACCCCAGGAAGUGUCAGGACUUAGGAGACUCAAUUCUUCUGAUUCUGGGCAGCUUCAUCUUGCUCAACGUGGGGAUCAAUGUGGUGACUCUGCUCUGGAGGCAUCUGAAGAGCUCCUUACGGAUUAUUUUCCACCAUUUUUUCCCCAGAGAUUCCAAGAACCUAUUCUCAAGAGUCUCUUCCCGCUUUCAUCGUCGCCCCAGCUUCUUGCUCGGGCACACUAAUCACCUUGAAUCCUGGGAACCAGAUAGGAAUGAUGAGAAAGUUUCUAGAUGUGGCUGGAUACCACCUCAAUGUGUGUAUGCUGGGGCUCCAACAGAGGCUCCCUGGGGACUAUGGAAGGAGGAGAUGAUGGGAACUGGAGAAGCCUUUCAGGUAACAAACUUGAAGGACCACACAUCUUCAAACGCCAGAACAGAGAUUUGUUCCCAAUUUCCAAAGAUGAACAAGUUGGACGUGGUUUCACCCUGUUUACCUCAAGACAGCAAGACUAAAGGCCCAGACUAUGACCCAACUUCUGCUCCUGCCCAGGCCCAACCUUACUCCUUAACCCACAGCACUGAGCAAACCACCACCCAGUCCCAGACCCACACUCCAGAGCAUACCCCAUCCCAAGUGCAGGCUCUUCCGAACACCUCAGCCCAUCCCCAACCCGCCCAUGCCCCAGUCCCUAUUUCAGAACCUACUCACACCCUAGCUCAUGCCCCAGCCCCUAUUCUGGCUGAUGCUCCAGCCCUACCUACCCCAACUCAUGCUUUAGCCCAUGCUCCACCUUCCAUCCCAGACCAUGCUCAUAGCCAAACUCCCAUCACGACUCCUGCUUCAACUCAAGAACAGACCAAUACCCUAGCCCCUCUUCCAAUCCAGGUUUCUGCCCCUACCCCACCCCAGGCCCCAGCUCCUACCCCAUCCCAGGCCCCAGCCCAAAGUCCUGCCACAGCCCCUGAAUAUGUUCCAGCUCGCUCCCAGGGCCAUAAUCCAAUCUAUACCUCAGCUCAGACCUGGACCAACUCCCAAACUCACAGCCCUGAGCACACUUCAACCCAAGUCCCAGUGCAUGGCCCUUCUCAUCUAAUUCAUUCCAAUGCUCAAAGCCUAGCCACUGCACCAACCUCUGCACUAACCUCUCCCUUAAUCUGUACCCCAGCCCCAAACCCAGUCUGUACCUCAACCUCUACCCUAAAGCAUUUCCUAACUUUUGCCCUAGCCACUCCUCCUGUCCUAACCUCUACCUCAGCCAGUGGUUCAGCACUAGCUAGGGGCACGACAACCACUCCAGCCCCUACUCCUGUCUCUGUCACCACCCCUAAACCCAACCUAACUCAUAUUCCUCCCACCUUGGCUACUUUUGGCUCUAGCCUCUCCACUGGUCAUGUAGUCUAUGAUGCCCGUAGGGCAAAGCAGAAUAUGAUCCAUAAAUGUGAUCCCCAGAAUGCUAGGUAUUCUAGAAAGGAGUUGGGUACCUUCUCCCGGUCCCAAGAGGUGCAGGGCCUGGUAAGUUCUGGUCCAUCUGAGAAGACAUCAAAGCAACAUGGUGAAGACAACACUGAGCCUCCUUCAGGAUCUAUACUGGGCUACCUUGAGUUGGGGAACAUGGAAUGGAAGAUCUCAGAAGAUGCCAAAGAUAAGCCCUGCCAGCCCAAGACCUUCCCUUACUGCAGCUUCCAUCCUUGCAGUUCUGAGAAGAAAGACAUAGAAGCACAGGUUCCUUUCUACCCCAAGUUCCUGGUUUUCACCCAAGAUGCUGCUGCUUCGAAACCUUGCUUGCAUUCUCCAAGCACUACCCAAGGCUCAAUGCCCACUACUCCUCCCCCAUGUACUCUUUCUCUUCCACUUGUGCCUCCCAGAACCUUUGUCCUUCCUCAACCCAGCAACGUUCAGAAGCCCUCCAAUUUAACACAAACACCAACCUCCAAGUCAUCUCCAUCUGUCCCUGCCUCCCACUUCCCCAUUCCUCCUCAGUUCUCUACCAAUCCCCAGCCCUUGAGCCAACCCCAAUGUUCUGAGAGUAAAAGCAUUACCCCAAACUAUGGCCUUCAAAGGACCUCAGGCUUUUCAAAAGACUCCAGAGUUCCCAGAAACCCAGGCCUUACACAAAAUUCAGAUCUCCACAAGAAGCCAGGCCUUCCUCGAGAUCCUUACCUCUGCAAGAAUCCAAUUCCUUCCCAGGACUCUUGGCUUCACACAAAUCCAGAUACUACUAAAGAUUCUGGCCUUCCACAGAGUCUAGGUCCUACUCAAGACUCUGGUGUCUUUAAGACUCCAUGUCAUACCCAAUCCUCUGGCCCCUACAAGAACAUAACGGUUACUCAAACUUCUGUACCUCAGAGGACCCAGGGCUGUAUGCAGGAUUCUAGGGACUAUAGAAAUGUUGGGUUAAACCAAGACACUGAAAUCUACAAAAGUCAAGAUCUUUCCCCAGCAACUGACCCUAAAAGGUCAGGCCAUUCUCACGAUUCUGGGGGUUACAAGAGGGCAGGCAAUGUCCAAGAUCCAGGAAUCUAUAAGAACAUAGGCUGUACCCAAGAUUCUAGACCGCAGAAGAGCUCAGGCCUUACCCAAGACUCUAAAGUCAUCAAGAGCUCAGAACUUACCCAAAAAUCUGGUCACCACAAGAGCCUAGGCUUUGUCAAAAGAUCAUGCCUCCAUAAAGGCUCAAACUUCACUCAAGACUCAGGGGAUUACAAGAAUCCAGUCCUUACACAAGAUUCGGGAGUCUACAAGAUCCCAGGUCUUACCCAAGAUUCCAAUCGUCACAGAAAUGUGGACUUUACUAAAGCCACUGAAGUUGAGAAAAGAUUGAACUUUGCUCAAGAUGUUGGAGUUUAUAGGAACCUAGAACCUAGCCAAAACUCUAACCUCCACAAAUGUCCAGAAAUAAAUAAAUGUCCUAGCCUUUACAAGGAUCUAGCACAUGUUCAAGACUCUGGCCUCCCCCAGAAUCUAGGCCUUACCCAGAAAGCAGGCCUCCACAGAGAUUCAUGCCUUGUCCCAGAUCCUGGCCUUCACAAAAACCAAAGCUGCCUUCCAGGUACCAAUUCUGCCCAAGUUUUGAAUCCACAUCAGACUCAGAAACCAACAUCUUCCUCAAUCAAAUCCUAUAUAUAUGAAAUGCCUCUUCAAGAGGAGGCAGAACAGCAUGUAUCCUGGUCUAUUCCAGACAAUCAAAAUCCCUGCCCUUCAAAGGCCCAGGCAAUCUCCACUAACCUGCACACCUUCUCUGAGGUACCUGUAUUAGUGGAGUUGAAGCCAUCAUCCUGGAAGACAGGCAGCCAAAACUGGGUAUGCCAUCCUGUGGAUACAACUCCUUCAACCUGCCAGAACUAUCACCGGGUGUCUAUGCCACCAAAAAACAACUGGAGGCCCCAUUGCCCUGGACCAGGCACCCGGGCAGGGCAUGUGGUCUUUGAUGCCCGCCAAAGACAGUUAGCAGUGGGCAGGGAUAAGUGUGAAGCUCUAUCUCCCAGGCGCUUUUAUCAAGAGGUACCCAGCAACUCAAGAGAGACCUUCAAAGAGUGGGGAAAUCAGAAUGUGAUGAGGACCUUGCGUAAAGACGGGGCAAAUGUUCAUCAAGAAUAA